AUGAGCGACCCAACAGCACAAGUUUUCCAGUGUUGCGUUGAUGCGAUUGACGCAAGCAAUAGUGAUCUACGGGCGUUGAAUAAGAGGGUUCAUCAGAACCCCGAGCUAGCAUUCAAGGAAUUCUCUGCAGUCGGAAAUAUCUCCUCCGUUUUACGGGAUCGAGGAAUUCACGUCAACGAGAAGACCUAUGGGAUAGAAACCUCGUUCAUAGCCCAAGUAGGCACAGGAGGCCACCUGGUCGUGAUUUGCGCCGAGUAUGACGCUUUACCCGGAAUCGGCCAUGCCUGUGGCCACAAUUUGAUCAUGACCUCAUCAGUUGCAGCAUUUUUGGGAGUGGCUAAAGCUAUCCAAACCCAUGGCUUUCCAGGUAGAGUGCGGUUACUAGGCACACCUGCCGAAGAGGCUGGGGGAGGGAAAAAUAAGCUACUCGAAGCGGGUGCAUUCAAAGAAGAUAUUGCGGCGGCGAUCAUGGCCCAUCCCAUGAGCCUUCACCAUCUAGAAGACAACAGCAAAGGUGUAGCGGGUAUGAGAUCAACCGCUUCUCACACUUUUCGGGUCGAGUUCAGGGGCAGGACCUCCCAUGCAGCUAGCGAACCUUGGAAGGGACUCAACGCUUUGGACGCAGCUGUGGCGACCUACGAUAAUAUCGCAAGGUUACGCCAACAUAUCCAACCGGAUGAACGGAUUCAUGGCGUUAUUGAGGAUGGAGGGAAGUCUCCCGGUGUGGUGCCCGAAUACACACGCAUGAACUAUUUCGUCCGAAGCCCCACGAUCAAGCGUGCGAAUGAACUGCGCGACCGGGUAAAGAAGUGUUGCGAUGCUGGAGCGCUCAGUGCAGGUUGUGAGGUCACUUACGAUGAGUAA